GAGAGGCAGCUUGACAACUUGAAAGGCUAAGACUGGUUUUGCCCAGGGCAUCACAAAAGCGCACUGUUGCUCAACCCAGCUCUGUGCCCUCGGAGUAACACAACCCUGUCCCUCCCAGUCCCAGCUGUAUAAACUCCCCAGAGGACAGGUGGCUCCUGGCUCAGGUUCCUGAAAGCAGAGGCAAUUCCACUUUGCGGCACCAUGUCUCUCUUGGCUCUUUCCUUCCUGUUGGCUCUGUUGGCUACAGGUGAUGCUAUCUUCUGCUUCGACUGCACCAGCACUGAAGGUUUCAACUGCAGUACAACCCCACAAAAAUGCACUGAAACGGUCAACAGCUGCAUCACCAUUGCGCGGGAUGAAGACACAGGGUCCCAGGACAUAGAGAACCCAACUUAUGAAAAGAAAUGCAACUCGGACGAUCGCCUCUGCAACAAGUUCUAUGGGCUGGUGGCGGGGGAUUUUCGCAUGCGCUGGAACUCCAGCUGCUGUCGGGCUGACCGCUGUAAUGCCAACAAAGUAAUUGUACAAAAAGCGUCACAACAGCCUAAUGGCGUUCGUUGCAAUUCUUGCUUUGUCUUUGGCUCUGAUGUUUGUCUGAACAACACGCAGUUGGCCUGCACUGGGACUCUGACGCAGUGCAUCCACUUUGCCACCACUGCCAAAAACGAGGAAUCCAAGCACCAACAGGUCGCCUUCACAGGAUGCGCCACCAGGACCAUGUGCGAAAUGGGAGCCAACGUGCUGUUUGUUGCUGGCCGCAAUGUUGAAGUCAAGGUCAACCUGUGCAGCAGUGCACCAGGAGUCCCCUCCCAAUAUAGCCUGGCCCUGUCUGUCCUGGCAGGGUUACUCUUUCUUGCCCGUUGGUCUUGAUUCUUUUUAUAUCUUCCCUCCCACAACUUACUUCUGUUGGUCCUCUCCUGCUUUUUCUUCCUCUCCUUGUAAGUUUUCAUCCAGAUCUCCACCCCAGACAUCCAUUCCAGCCAGGAAUGGGAGAGGAGUUCAAUCCAUUUUGCAUUUAGAGGUGAACCUACUUGAUUUGCAAAUUCCAAAACAAUAAGCAAACCAAAAUGCAGCCAUUCCACGAGCUUUUGCACUUCUCUGAAUUUUGCAGUGAAGUUCUCCAGCCCAGUAAUGUGCACCAAAAUGCAUGCGCUCAGGUAAAAUGUGCAUAAAAUGCACCUAUUUGUAAAAACAGCAUUCAAAAUGCAUCAUGUAAGGGAAAAUUGCUUUGCAAAAAUGUGUACGUUAUGCAGAAUUGCCGACAAACGGGUGUAUUUGGAUGAAAUUUGCAAUAAAAUGUAGCUGAAUUUUCACAAGGCCUUUUUGUUAAACAACAACAACAACAACAACAACAACAACAACAACAACAACAACAACAACAACGAACUGAUGUGGAGAACUGAACUUAAGGCUGGAAA